AUGUCCAUUGGUGGUGCACCUGAUUCUUCCGGUGAUGCAUCAGGCGGAGGGGGCGAAACGCUUACUAAAGCUGAGACAGAAGUUUAUGAUCGACAAAUCCGUCUAUGGGGCAUGGAAGCACAGAAUAAGCUACGAGCUGCCAAUGUUCUUCUUUGUGGGUUAUCCGGUGUAGGCGCAGAAAUAUCCAAGAAUCUAAUGCUUUGCGGUAUACAUUCGUUGACCUUGGCAGAUGACAAGAACGUGGUUCAAGAUGAUCUCGAAUCAAAUUUUUUGCUCGAAAGCGACUCCGUGGGCCAAAAUGUAAGAUUCUGUGCGUUUAGUGAACCAUAUACAUCAAAUAACAACAUUUUUAAGCGAGCAAGAGCUUCUUCGCACAAAGCGCAAGCCCUGAAUCCUAUGGUUAAACUUGAGAUUUUGGAGACAAGCGUCAGUAACAUGACUGUUGAUUUUGUUUCCAAGUUCACUCUUGUGGUCCUUUGUGACCAGAAAUAUCCCGACGUUGUAUUUUGGAACGGCAAAUGUCACGAACUCAAUGUCGGAUUCAUCGCAUGCAGCGUCUUCGGUUGGAUGGGCUAUUCAUUCUUCGAUUUCAACAAUCAUUUUUUCUCGAGUGCCCCAGUGACCAAAAAGGAUGCCGUGUGUGAUGGCGACGGAGCUGCCAGUUCCAGUUUCCUGAACGCCAUCGAUGUUGAUGCCGAGAAUGUAAUCGAGAGGAAGGCACGUUAG